AUGAGCUCAUCUGCCUCGCAAACACCCGCUAAAUCCCCAAAGCUCAGACGCAUCGCUCUCUUGGGAUCCCGAGCUGUCGGCAAGUCAUCGAUGACGAUUCAGUUUGUUGAGAAUGUCUUUGUGGACUCCUAUUACCCUACGAUCGAGAAUACCUUCACUAAGCCCAUUAGCCAUCAGGGCCAAGAGUACCAGGCCGAGAUUAUCGACACAGCAGGACAGGACGAGUUUUCAAUUUUCAACGGAAAGCAUGCGCUCGAUAUCCACGGUUAUAUCCUGGUCUACUCAGUGACGAGCAAGCUGAGCUUUGACAUGAUCAAGAUUAUUCGCGACAAGAUUUUGAACUACACUGGAACCGACUGGGUGCCCAUCGUAAUUGUUGGCAACAAGAGCGAUCUGCACGGACAACGCCAGAUCUCUACCGAGGAAGGCGAGGAGCUUGCCGCCCUGUGGAACUGCCAAUCCUGCGAGACCUCUGCCAAGCACAACGAGAACAUCGGACGUGUUUUUGAGUUGAUGAUUGGCGAGAUUGAAAAGUCGACCAGUGUGCCAGAAGAACCCAAGAGCGAGUGCAUCAUCCUUUAA